ACCGCUGAAGGCGCCUUUUUUUGGUUGGCUUUCCCUGCUCAGCUUGUCCCCGUGAGCCCGUGAGCCCGUUUCAUCACCGCUCAUCGAAUCCGUUUUAUUGCUGAGGCAAAGCCUGGUUGAACACGUCUCCCCCACUGCUGGCUGCCCGAUCAUGACGCCGUUGACGUUAUUGGCUGUCGGCGACAACCCGAGGUUGCUGUUUUACACGUUGCAAUUCCAGAGAACCGACAAGUUCACGAUCCACCUGGUGAACAGCACGCUGGCGAUCAACGAGAAGGUGAAGCUGAACGAUGACUAUUUCGACCCGCAGUUCAUCCACAACUCGCUGGACAACGUGGCGAAGGUGGAGUUCGACGUUGUGAUUAUAAGUGCUGGCUCGUUGCAACAGAUGUCAACGCUGUCUGCGCAAUUGGCACCGUAUCUCGGCAAGACGACGAUUGUUCUCGUGGAGUCCACCGGGUUUGUCAAUCUGGAGCCCUUUGUGAAGAACUGCUUGACCCAGAAGCCUCCUGUGUUCUCUCUCAUGACACCGCUGGAUGUGCGCUCGCUUGGAACGAGAAACGAGUUUGCCAUGAAGGGCGAGAAGAAGAUCUUUAUAGGACAGUCGGGUACGCUGAAUGCCAAGUACCCGCAGAGACUACAGACGGACCUGAACGCGUUGGCAACGCUGCUGAAGGUUGACUCGGUUGAGGUGAUCACCAAACAGACGCAUUUGGAGUUCUUGGUUGAGCAGUGGAAGUUGGCUCUUCCGCGUAUAUGCUUUGACCCACUGUUGAUAAUGUUUGAAGAGCCGGUGCCACAGCUGUUGACGAACCAGAUCUUGGCCAAACCACUCCUGAGUGGGUUGAUUACCGAGAUGAUUACCGUGGCGAAGACCAUGGGUUGUAAAUUACCAGCUGGCUACGAUAGUGAGUCCAGCUUGCUGAAGUUGUGGAGCUCUUGGUAUAAGGAUUCGACCAAUACAGAUACCAAGCCAAGGUAUGCGAACUCGCCAGAGUUGUUUUACAAUUUCUACCACAAGAAUGACUUACAAGUCGAUAUGCUCUUGCUACAGCCUAUUCUAUUGGCAGAUGACCAUAGCAUCAAGACUCCAUACCUGGAGUUCCUGUAUGCAACCAUCUGUGAGUUUAACAAGUUCAACACCAAGCCGUCGCUGUUCUUCAAGAGAAACGAUGGUGUCAACGAUUCUGAGCUGAAGAAUGAAUUGAAUAAGAUGAAGAAUUCGUUGGCUCAACACGCUUCCGAAUAUAAGACGUUGUUGAAACAGAAUGAACAACUCCAGCUGAGAUUGGAUGAGCGUGAAAGAUCAUUGUCUUCGGUAGAUUCGUUAAGAGGUGAACAUCAACAGUUGCAACAGGCGUACCAGAAUAAGUCGAGAUUGCUAUCAUCUUCAGAACAGCAGAUUCAGCAGUUGAAGUUACAAAUCAAUAAACUGGAACAACAAGCUCAACAUCACCAGGUGGAAUUGUUAAGAGCUAAAAAUGAAGUCAAGACUUCAACACCGGCUUCUUCAACCUAUGAAGUCACUCCAGUCUCUACUUCGACAUUUGUCCAAAGAAGUGCAGACGUUUCCGACAAUGGCACUCCCGAUCUACGUGAUUUGACAGAUGUUGCCUUAAUAUCCGCAUCUAUGGAUCCUGUACAGCCUCCAUCACCAGCAAUUCCACAAGGCCCGCCUCCGCCUCUCCCACAUUCAUCGUCUUCAGGUUCGCAAUCUCCAAUAUUAAAUGGCGGCGACUUGUCAGCAAGGGAGAUAGAAUUGCACAAGAAGGAGGCUGCUUUGGCGUCAAAGGAACAAGAGUUGAAUCGGAAGCUAUCCCAGUUCAAUUUGCAACAGCAUAAUAGAUUUCCUCAACAACUACAAGCACCUGUGAUGCCAAAGAUGAGGCCUCAACAGCCUCCGCAGCAUCAUCAGCCACAUGCUCAACAUCACCCGUUGCAGCACCAGCACAGUUCACAACAACUUCACCUUCAUUUACAACAACAACAACAACAACAGCAGCAGCCUCCCCAGCAACAGCAUCAGCAUCAGCAACAGCCACAGCAACUACAACAACCUGGGUUCCCACGUCGUGCGACAACAACAGAUAUCUACACGGGAAUCCCAGCCGAUUUAUCAUCCCAUCAGUUCAAACCAACCUCAAGGAAGAACAGGAAAUCAUCGAUGCCCUUAUCAGCUGCCUUGGGUGCUUCUCCAAACUACGCUACGAUUCCAGUAGCUCCUCGCUCCGCUAGUGGUGGCCAUGUUCCAGCAAGUACUACUAACCACCCAAAUAACUUCAGCAGUUCAAACCUGAAUGGACACAGUACAUUACCACGUCAGUGAACAGCAAACAAAAAGCAGUGCAUUGUAUUUAAAAUUCCCUUAGUUUUACAUAAAAACAUCAUCUCUUCGUCCUUGCUAUCGAUAUU